GGGCCGCCCCGGCCCCCCUGGGCGGCGGCGGCGGCGGCCGGUGAUGAUGGCCGAGGACUCGCCGAAGCGGCGCAAGGCCAAUUUCAACGAGGCGGAGACGGAGGUGCUGAUCGAGCAGGUGCUGAAGCACGAGCAGCUGCUGUUCGCCGCCGGGCCGGGCCGCGCGUCGCCGGGCCAGAAGCGGAAGGUCUGGGAGUUGAUCCGGCACAAGGUGAACCCGGUGGCCGCCUGCCCCCGCGACGUGGAGGACCUGAAGAAGCGCUGGCGGGACCUGAAGCGCCGCGACCGCAGCAAGCUGUGCCGCCUGUCGCAGGGCUGCGGGCCGCCGGGCCCCGCCGCCGCGCUCGGCCUCGGCCUCCUGCUGGCCCCCGAGGAGAUGCCGCCCGCCGCCGCCGCGCCGCCCGGCCGCCACCACCACCACCACCACCACCUCCACCGCCUCCACCACCACCACCGCGCCUACGGCUCCCUGCUGCCCGCCGAGGCCGUGCCCAUCGUGGGCGGCAUCGACACGCUGGAGCUGCCCGGCGCUGCCGUGGGGGAGAUUGCUCCUCUAGGAUUUAACGAUGAUCCUGGCCCAUCUCAUCAACCUGGUCUUGAGAAGAUGAACCUAAAAGAAGAAAUAGUAGUGAAAGUGGUAGAGCCAGAAGAAAGCUCUGAGGACAUGGCAGUGGUUCCGCCUAGCCAAGAACAACUACCUUUUCUGGGGACAUCGGGUGGUGGUUCCUCUGGGAAAGUAAAAGCCAAAGCAAAAGGCAGGCCCCAGGCAGACCAAAAUGAAAUAACUGAAGCGGACCUAGUGCAGAUUCAGCAGACCCAGAUGCAGGUGAUCCAGUCUGGCUUUGACAGUGUCAACCACAAUCUUCGGCUGCUGCAGCAAGGCAUGCAAGAUCUGAGCAACAGCCUCAGCAUCAUGGCGCAGACACUUGUUGCUAUCAAAAACGUGUAUGUGAAAAACAACACUGGCCCGACAACGUAUGCCACCACCUCUACUCAGACCGCAGCUGGGUACCUGAGCCCGGGUUCUCCCCAGGUCUCCCCCACUGAGGACAGAGGCAGAGCGCAAGUGGCGGGAAGCAGCAGCAGAAGCAGCAGCUGCAGUUCCAGUUCCAUGUCACAAGAACCAGGUCCUUCGGAGUUUCCUAGGCCCCCCCUGAGAACCAUUAAGAAAGAACAUCCAAAUGGCUGCUACUACUUCUGCUUUGCAGACGUGUAAAAACUUGAAUAUAUGUACAGUGACUGUGGUGUUAGGUGCUGUUGUAUGUUCUGCUCCAGCCUGUGACUUUGAAGGAGCAAAAUGGACUUGCCUCCCACGUUUUUCCCAGUGGGAAACAUUUCACUAUAGGUGGCAUUAAACACUAAUUACCAAUCACCUGUUUGUUAACUCUGUUGCAGUUGGCUAAUGUUUUUCUUCUGUACUCAUUAUCCUCUUACUCUCUUAAAAACAAACAAAAACACAGAUUUAUUUUGACUAA